GUUUACCUUAUUUCUCAUCCGUUAUUUUGUUGUUUUUUAUGUAUUAAUUAAUUAUUACGUUAAAUAUUGUGAAGGGAGAUUUUGGUGUCAUUAUCAUUAAAGAUAUUAAUUGAUGUGCAUUGAGUGAUACAGUUCUAGAAUUGUUCAUAAUUUACAACUAAAAUGAUUAAAAUCAUUUCUGAAGUGCUCAGGCUUGUCAUACUUCAAUUUUCUUGAAGAAUUAAAUAGGUCAACAAUGGAUCCCACAGAUUUGCCUGAAGAGGUGGCUGAACGGAUUUUCAUCCUUCUGCCAGUGGAGGAUGUACUGUCUUGUUGCCUUGUCAAUUCCCGUUGGAGAGAUUCCGUCAACAAAAAUAUAAUCUGGAAACGCCAUUGCAAUCCUAACCUCCAUUUAGAAAGCAUGCCAAAUUUAGUGAAGCCAGCAUUCGAAGUUCCUAAAAGUGAUUGUGAAGAUUUGAGUCCUAUAUGUAAAUAUAGACUUAGUUACAUGCGAGAGAUCCACCUGAGGAACAACUUUCGGCAUAAACACUGUGUAGAAUAUAAAUUCUCUAGAGGCCAUAUUGAAAAGACUGAGUUCCUAGACAAGUAUCUCCUUCUCAACGACUCUUACAGAAAUAUGUUUCACGUUUGGGACAUUCAUGGAAGCCCCAUUCUAAUUCAGUCGGUACCCUAUUUACUUCAACAAAUGUGUACAGAAACAUUCCAAACUAUUGGAGAUUGCCUUUUAAUUGUUCAGUGCAAUCUGCUACAGGUCUAUUUUGUUGUUGAUGGUAUGUUUACGCUAAAACUUUGUAGGAUAUUUGACAAGGAGGAGGAGUUCUCGCACACGAUCCCAGCCAGUGACAUGAUGACCUCUUGGUACACUUCCAACAUAGGGUUGUAUCCGUGUGACUUCACCAGCAUCAAUGAAACUGUGGGUAAAUAUUUCAUUGGAAUCGUGGAGCCUUUCCGGUUGAAAGAGUCAGUGAUGCACAUAUGGGACUUUGAGUCCGGGAAGAAACUUAAGGAAGACCGUAUUCCUGGAGUGGAAGAAUCCAUAGAGAACAUAUGCUGUGGGAAAAAUUCAGAAUACCUGUAUAUCGCCUUAUAUCUCCACAUGUUUGAACAAUCUUCUAGUGAUGCCAGGUGUAAAAUUUUCUGCUACAACCUAAAAACUUUGCAGUACACUCAGUUCUAUGUAGAAUCAAAACAUUCGAUCCCAUUCAUGUUGUUUGAAGAGAAGGUUGUAAUUCUUCCCUGUAACCAAUGGGAGAACAGCGGAAGCUAUUUGUUCUUGGAUUCGAAGACUGGCAAGAAAAUAGUGGAGAAGAAGUUUGAUUAUCCCAUGAACCCUAAGGCCUUGGACGUUUACAAGUCCCAGUUGGUGUUCGGCAGCAGCCACACUGUGACGGUAGUAGACCUGGAUAGUCAAGAGGAGAUCACUGUGUUGCCAGUGGACUUUGAGGUGAUGGAAGUCUACUUGCUGGACUCUGAUAUCCUCCUGGUGGGUGGAGUGGACUACCGCUUUGUGGUGGAAGUGUGGGACAUCAAGAGACACUAUCGGCUAUAUACACUGAAAGAGAAAGCAAUAUUGCUCAGUGGCAGAUCUCUGCCACGGCUGUGUCUUCAAGGGAUGUACAACAUUCAUGUCCUUCAAUUUUGGUAGUUUUUUGUACCUAAAUUAAACUACUGUACUAAAGUUGGUACUUUGUUCAAAUAAAUAUUUGUUCAAUAAACUUCAACUCUUUUAUUAAAAUAAAGUUAUUGUUGCACCAAAAACAAAGCAAGAAUCUUUUUGAAGCAUUUCUAAAAUUCAGUCUUUAAUUUAAAGUUAAAACUAAAAGGAAACAAUGUGAUUUAGUAGUUUGUAUGGUUUUUAGACAAUAAAACUGUUUUAAAUUUAUUCUAAUAAAGAUUAUUGAGUUAUUUC